GUUGGUCAGGCAUGACUUGCCGUUGGUGAAUCCAUGUUGACUGUUCCUGAUCACCUUCCUCUCCUCCAAGUGGGUGGCACAGCCUGUGGCUCAUGAUCUGUCAAGUGUUUCUACUCCUAAAGGCCCCAGCUGGAGACUCAGCAGACCCAGGUUGUAAUCCUGCCACUCCUCACAGUUAUGCUGAUUUAUACCCACUACAGCUCUGGCUCAUUGACUCUAGCAGGGACACAGUGAUUUACACCAGCUGGGGAUCUAGCCUGCUUAUUUCAUUAGAGCUGCACCAUUCACACCAGCUGGAUAUCUGGCCCACAGUCCAUCUUCCCCUUGGUUUGCAUCAAAAUCAGUGUUUCUCAACCUAUUUACCAUUGUGGGCCACAUCCACACAAUAUAUGUACUACCUAUAUAGCCCUCAGGAUGUCACAUGGGCUGCAGCUGUGUGCUGGUUGGGCCGCAAGCAGCCCGCGGGCCCCACGUUGAGAACCACUGGUCUAACUGCAUUUCUAAAGCUUUCACAUGAUGAGAACUCUAGGGUACUCGCCAAGAUGGGGCAGUAGGUGACUACCAGAAGCAGGGCAUGUUUCCAGCAGCCUCUUUAAUUAUCACAUGUGGCACCUUUCCAGAGCUUUCCAUCCCAGGAGCUCAUAAAAUGGCCCAAAGCAGGGCCUCAUGAUCCUCAUUUUACAAAUGGGGAAACUGAGGCACAGGGUAGCAAUGUGGAUUCCCAAGGUGAGCCCAUGGCAGAAUCAUGAAUAGCAGCUAGGUCUCCUGACUCCCAGGCUAAUGUUCUGUUCACCACACCGUACCGCCAGCAAACAUUCACCCUUUGACCUUCUGUAUGGGUUGACAGCUUGUACAAACACAUUUUCAUACUUAUAGUUUCAUUGCAUCCAGGAUUUUCUUUCCCCUCCCAUAAAAUACCAGACUCAGCUGAAGAUGUAGCUAGGAAAAUAUGGAAGCAAUUGCACAGUCUAUCCACCAGGAGGAGCUUUUGCCAUAGGUCAGUAUAGAACUGAAGUAAAGAAAUAAAGAGUAUCAGGGUUAGAGAAACAGGAAAAAUCACCCUGAUAUCUGCACUUGGAUAGUCCAAGAGGUCCUUUCCAUGACCUGUUUCUAGCAUCAGGAUACCACUCUCCAUGCACACAGUCACCGGAACAUGUCUUGAAAAACACUGAUGCAGUAUUUCAGCACAUUGUCUCCCAUCACAAGAUGGACUAAGAAGUCUUAGUAGGAGGUAGAAAAGGGGUCAAUGAAUUACUGUAACUUUCAUCUGGGUCAGAUCUCAUCCUCUAGAAAGACCCAUGCAAAAUUGCUGAGGAUCCAAUCAGCAGGGCAUGGUGUCACUUUUCCAAGUCCCGGCCCAAUGUACUUGAUAAAAAGAUACACAUAAUAAUAUAUAUACUGCUAGCAAUAGAUGCCUGGGUCUAGUGCUGGCUUUCCACACAGGGGUGAAUUUCAUCCCAAAGCAAUACAGGUGGGGUCUUGGUCAGGAGUUCCAUAGAGGGGAUCUGGUAACCUCAUAUGCCUGGGCAACUCUUGCACAAACAAAACUGCCUUGGACUCCUAGGCUGGGGUUUGCCUGAGCAAGGACUGCGGGAUUGGGCCACAAAAGGAGAAGGCAUCGAUAAUCAGAGUGGAAUUCAGUUCUUCAUUUGUGUGCUAUGGGGUCGUGUUGGGAUAUAUAUAUAUAUAUAUAUUCCAACAUUACCCCCUCUUGAUACAUGAUUAUGCCAUUAAUUAUUGUAUCAGUUUAUAAUUUUGCAGGCAAUUCAAUUUUAUAUAUCACUUGCUCCAAAACUUCUUGUCGCUUUCUUAUUCAGCAGUAUAAAUAUAGCAUAAUAAAGGUUAACAAAAUCAUUAAUGCAAAUAUCACAAUAGGAUGUAGCAUUAAAUGUAGAAGAGCUGUGACACUGGGAAACCAUCAUUUAAAACAUCAUACCAAUGAGAAAUUACCAAUUCUUCUUCUUUCCCCAAUUUUAAUAUUUGACCAUUGUGGAUCAAAAUGUUUAUUUUCCCCAGCUGAGCAGACUUAAAUACAUCUUUUGCAUAUUGUCUGAUUUUUUCACUUUCAUCAAUCAGUUUUUUCCCAUUUUUCCCAAUGUAUCCCCAAAUCAAAGGACCAGUCCACAUCUUUUGGUUCCCAAACAAUUUCCUUUUUUAAAAAUAGAGGACCUCGAUAAAUAAUUCCACUAAUAAUGACCUCUGUUACAUUUCAUUUCCAUGACUCAGUUGGGCCUUUUUCUGUCAUACUUCCCCAAAAUACAUGUUUUUCAGUGGUUACCACACAAAUACACCCAUUGCCUAAAUCAAAGACUCUUGUGCCAUUAGAUGCUAAAUAUUACCUGGUACAUUGUCUGCUUGAAUGGUUCAAAUGACAUCCCUCUAGGGACCAAGUUAGUUGUAGGCACACCUAUUUGUUUCUUCCCCCCUCUUCACAAUAUUUUGUUAAUUCUACUAAUUUAUAAUCCCCUUCUUCUUGAAUCAAGUGUGUCUCACUUAUUUCUAUUUGCCAUAACUCUCCAUUCAUAAUUUUUGGCAACACCCAGGCCAUUGCUGCUUUUCUUUGCUUCCCUGUGUUGUACAACAGCAUUCUGCCUUUCCAUUCUGCCCUCAGAGUGGCUUGAUCCCAAUCUUGUAAUUCACUGAUUCCAUAUAUGAGGAUCUUUGAACCAUUAAGAAGGCCAUUGUCCAUUACGUAACAGAUUAACCAUUCGCUGUAUGUAUUGUAUCCCAUAGGUUUGUAUCUGUACACAUCGUAUUGCUAAUCAAGUUUUAUUGUCAAUUUCAGACAUACCAGACAGAUUUACAUUUAGAGACGUUUUCAAGGCUUGGGCUUGUUUCAACUGGAGUUCCAUACUACUUAUUCCUUGUUCCGAUAAUGCACCAAAAUUUUGUGUCACAUGUCUGUAUAGCCCUCAAAAUCUUACCCAAAGCUGAUAUUUUCCCUUGUAACGUCUCAAUAUCAAAUGAGUUUAAAACUCCAGCUCCAAUACUACCUACAAUAUAUUCACCUAUACCUCUCUGUUGUAUAGUCCUGUCUCCCCAUUGUUGUUGCCACGCUUGUAAUAGAGGCAAAGCAUAUGGCAUACACUCUGGUUGUUGCGCACUUAUGUUUACUUGCACUCCUUCCAACCAAAUUGUUAGAUCCACAAUAGUUGGGGCUUCGAUUACUUCUUCCCUCCUAUAGGGGGGCUCGUCUGCCAUGAUUCUUUGUGCAAUCUUGUUUACUGGUAUCUGAUUAAUAAACAAUAAAAACCCAACCAUAUCCACAAAAAUAUAUUCUCCAAAUAUUCAAAAAACAUAAAACCCAACAACAUAUUUCAACCCCUUUCUCUUGACUCCCUCACAGGUCUUCUCCAUACCAAAUAUCAUCAGAAUCCAAAUCCAAAUCUCUCUCUUUUUGACACUCAGCCGCAACUUGCAGAUACUGUAUUUUCACUUGUUUUUUCAAUGCUGCUAUAGUUUUCUGGCACCAGCUGAGAGAAACACUUGUGAUCUCCUCUUCCUUAGUCAAAUCUCCAAAUAACUGUUUCAUUCCUAUCACUUGAUGGUCUAAUUUAUCUUUGUUUGCUUUAAUCUUUUCCCAAUCCAUCAUUCUUUUUUUUUCCAAUUCCCUAUUUUGUUUCCCCAUUUGUUCUGAGUUUGCAUUAUAUGUGCCUGCCUCAAUUCCCUUUACAAAUUUUCCUGGCAAGUUUUCAAAUUAUCUUGUAAUGUUUGUAACUCUGCACAGACUUAAUUCUGCACAGACUUCCCCCUUACAUGCAAUUUCCUUUUUUACAGCUUGCCACAACAGCCAUACUACUGCCAUUUGCUUUUUACUGGCAUUAGGCUUGUACAGCUGUACAUAUUUCUCAAACAUGUUUUCUAAGGUAUCAAGUGUUACAUCCAGUUCCCUCGCACCUUCCAUCCAAGGGCAUGUUCCAAAUGCAAUAAUCUCCUUCUCUAGCAGACUUUGGGCUCUAAUACAGUAUGUUUGGGGUGUGAAUGUGGCGUGAGUAAGGUUUGUUUUGUAAUCAAUAAAGAUAAUUUAGAGUAUUAUAUACCAACACUGUCUGGUAUCUGCUUACUCCCCAUCCCAUAGGGAGGCCUCUAUUGAGGGUCUAACAGUGGGGCUGUAUUAAAUCCCAACUGCCCUACUGACCCACACAUCCAUGUGUUGGUCAUCUUCUAUCCCACCUCCCCCCAUGCCUCAUCCAUCUAGGUACCUAUUUGUAUAUAAUAUGGGUAUUCUGGUGGUACCUAAGGGCCAGCCAAGAGUGGGAACUCAUUGUGCUUGGUGCUGUACAAACACCCAGUAAUAGAUGUUCCCUGCCCCCAAAGAGCUUGCAGUCAAAAUAGAUAAGACCAUGACAGGUAGGGGACAUCUGGGGGGAGAUACAAGAAGGAGAGAGGGGGCCAGGAAAUGGAAGCUAGGUCUCCUCAGUGACAGGACAGUCUUAUCUGCUAGGCCGUUCUUCCUCCCCACCGCCUUUUGUCCUCCUCCCCCAACCUACGGUGGACUGAGUCCAAGCUUCUGACGUGAGUGAAAAACCUACCAGUGGGCUUUUGAUCCUCCCUUUGCCCCUUCCGGCCCCGAGACCAGCAGUUGGAAGGACAGGGCCAUGUCUGUUCCAGGAGGUGCAGCGGUGUUUUACUGCAGACACUUGUGGAAUUGCCGGAAUGGGUUAGAGCCAUGGGUUAUGCUUCCUUAAUGUCCUGUCUCUAGCAUAAUGAACGCCACUGCUUCUCCGUGUGAAAUGGGGCCCUGCCGACUGGGCACAAACCAUUGAUGGGUGCACUACUUCUCAAGCAGAUCACUCGUUAGCCGAAAACCGUCCCCAGCCUCCGUUACAAGGCUGUGAUCGCAGAGAACCAGUCAUCGUAACGCGGAAUCUCCUCCCCUCCGUCCCACUUGGGUACCAGUCUAAGACAAAACAAAGGCAAUCAGGUCUUCAAACUGCUGGGGAUAAUGAGGAGUCUCUCUCGGAGAGACAGCUCAACCACCAGCCCGUCAGGGUGAGAAAGAAGCCCUGAGUUCACCCCUCAAUUGCUUGUGUUGUGGCGGGCGGGAGCUGUCUGCUGGUUCCUUCGGUGCAGUCUGCUUUAAACAGCAGCAAUAGGAGAGACAGUUUAUAAAAGCUUGUAACACAGCCCGGAGAGCUUCCUUUAUUAAGCUGUUUUCAAAAAUAAAUAGCAGAUCCCUUAAUGCUGACAGAGCUCGGGGGGCUAGGAACUGUCUGUCUGGCACCGCGGAACAGCUGAGAGACGGAGGCAUUUCGCUGUUUAGUGUUAAAGAAAAAGUGAUGUCCUCAGCACCAGAGGAAUUGAAAACAAUCCUUGUCUAACUAGCUGCAAAUCAGCCCUAGUUUUGCCUUUCUAAUCCCAAUCGACCUGUAGUUCUCCUACAAGAAAGUACUGCACUGUUAAGGAAGCAAUGUCCGGGCUGGAGACACGUUAGCUCUAGACUCCAUCAUAAGCAGGUGUAGAUUUCCCUGAGUUAUUAGGGGAGGAUGGGACUUUGGAGCCCAGAGGAAAUUAAAUAAUUAGACUCGUCUUUUAGCUGCAAAGUAACUUUCUUCACCUGCUUUUCCAGUCUAUUCCAUCUUCUCUACCGCCUCACCCUAGAUGAGAUCCCAAAAGGCAGCUCCGAUUAUAGGCAGGGCAAACUGUUGAAUCCAUCAUCUCCAUCUCGCCCUAAAGUCCUCCAGAGUGGACUAAAUAGUCUAAAUAGGCAAGACAGAAUUAUUACCUUCAUUGUACAGAUGAGAAAACUGAGGCCGACAUAAAUUAAAUGAUUUGCCCAAGGUCACACAGGGAAUCAGUGGCAGAGCCAAGAAUUGAGCCCAGCUCUUCUGAGUCUUAAUGCAGCACCUUCACUUAACCACAGGAUCAUGCACAACCCUCAGGGCAAGAGCUCACCUUCUUUCCAAAAGUUACAGGCUUGCUCAGGAGACAAUAACGGAUUUUGAUUCACCAGACUUUUGAGAUCGGCACGGAAAGGCAGCAGUGCGCUAGCACCAAUUCUUGCUUUAUGUUGCCAAAAAUGAUUUUACUGUUGUCGAGCUGACACCAGUGCCACCCUGGCCACUGCAGCUCUCUCUGCUCUGCUCUCCCCAAACUCCAGCCAAUGACAGAUGUCCCCGGCAGUGGCUUUAUACGGUUCAAUUUGCAUGAUCACGCCAGAUACCGUUCACCUUUGUACAGGCUGAUUUGUUUCUCCAGGAGCUGCAUGCAAAUAAACCUGAGGAGCUGGGACACUGUGCUGAGCAUUUGAGCACAGCAGACCCUCCGAGUGGGAUCAGAGCAGUUCAAAACCUAACGGGCUCUGGGCGGAAAGGACUAGCAGAAGCAGGUCGAGAGAGAUGGAGCUAAAAGACUUUAUGCAAACACAUGCGUGGAGGAGGAAGAUGGACCCGUUGCUCUGGCUGUGGAUCGCAGCUUUCCUGGGGGUGAGCCAGGGCUGCCCGGAGCCCUGCUCCUGUGUGGACAAAUACGCCCAUCAGUUCGCAGACUGCGCUUACAAAGAUCUGCAGGCGGUCCCCGUGGGGCUGCCCUCCAACGUGACCACCCUCAGCCUGUCCGCCAACAAGAUCACCUCCCUGCAGAAGAGCUCCUUCAUGGAGGUCACCCAGGUCACCUCGCUGUGGCUAGCGCACAACGAGAUCAGCGCCAUCGAGCAGGGCACCUUCGCCAUCCUGGUGCAGCUGAAGAACCUGGACAUCAGCUACAACCAGAUCAUAGACUUCCCCUGGGGGGAUCUGUACAACCUCAGCGCCCUGCAGCUACUCAAGAUGAACAACAACCACAUGGUGAAGCUGCCCUGUGAGGCCUUCCACACCCUGAAAGACCUGAGGUCCCUGCGCAUCAACAACAACAAAUUCACCACCAUCGCCGAGGGCACUUUCGAUUCUCUGACUUCCCUGUCUCACCUGCAGAUCUACAACAAUCCCUUCAACUGCACCUGCAGGCUUCUGUGGCUGAAGAGCUGGGCUGAGAACACCCUGAUCUCCAUCCCCGAGAGGGACUCCAUCAGCUGUGCAGCCCCGGACAGCCUCCGAGGCGUCCCCCUGGGGAGGAUCCCAGACCUGCAGUGCGAGCCUCCCUCUGUGCAGCUGACCUACCACCCCAACCUGGACAACACCGAGCUCUAUGACGGCUUCACGCUCCUGCUGCACUGCAGCGUCAGGGGCAGCCCCCAGCCGGAGAUCAGCUGGAAGGUGCAGACCGCCAGCCAAGACUUGGAGAUAAAGGGGCCCGGCGUGGAGAGGAUUGGGAACGAGCUACCCGCUGGCAGCUCCAAGCAGGGCACAGAACGCUUCCUGGUCUACGGGAACGGCACCCUGGUCAUCCCCCACCUGAGCAAGCGCGAGGAAGGGACCUACACCUGUCUGGGCACCAACGAGCUGGGCAGCAACCAGACCUCGGUCAACGUGGCUGUGGCCGGGGCCCAGAAAUACCCCGCCCGCCCCAUGGAGGAUCCCCUGGCCGGUAAAGCGCAGCCGGGCGAGAGGAAGCCGAGCCCUAAGGGCUCCAAGAACAGCGUCCUCAGCCCCGAGGAGAGGCCCAAACCCCUCAGCCCCACCCGGCACAGCUCCCAUUCGCCGGGCCUGGAGCAGGUCCCCGCCAAGCGGCCCCUCUUCGAGAAGAAUUGCGGUUCCAGCGCGGACACCCAGUACGUCUCCAACCAUGCCUUCAACCAGAGCGGCCAGCUGAAGCAGCACACCUUCGACCUGGGCGUCAUCGCGCUGGACGUGUCGGAGAAGGAGGCCAAGGUGCAGCUCACCCCCUUCUACGGCCAGCCGGAAAAAACCCACCUGCGGGCGCUCUACCUGUGCGCGGAGAGCGGCCAGGGCCACUCCAUGGUGCAGUGGUCCAGGAUCGAGGAAGGAGUGAACUCCUACUGGUUCCAGGGCUUGACCCCCGGCACCAACUACUCGGUCUGCCUGACCUACCUGGGGGAGGACUGCCAGGUACAAGUGGUCUUCACCACCAAGAAGGAGAUCCCCUCCCUCAUCAUCAUCGUGGUGGUCAGCAUCUUCCUGCUGGCCCUGGCCACCGUCCCCCUGCUGGGGGCCACCUGCUGCCAUCUGCUCGCCAAGUAUCAGGGCAAAACCUACAAACUCAUCAUGAAGGCCCAGAACCCGGACCAGAUGGAGAAGCACAUAGCGGCCGACUUCGACCCGCGGGCCUCUUACCUAGAGUCGGAAAAGAACUACAACCCAAGUGAGGCGGGGGAUGUUGAGGAGGAGCGGGAGGCGGAGGAGGAGAGGGAGCUGGAGCGAGACGAGAGCCUGGUGGCCGAGUCCAUCGCUGAGUCCCAAUCCAAAACCAACCCGGAGGAGUUUGAGGUGGGGUCCGAAUACAGCGACAGGCUGCCCCUGGGGGCCGAGGCUGUGAACAUCUCCCAAGAGAUCAAUGGGAACUACAGGCAGCCAGCUCGCUGAUCCGACCCCUGGCCACCCCCUCAGCCACCGCCCCAACCUGUAUAUCAUAUAAUACAGUAAGAUACAAACUCGAGGUGGGAUCUGAGCCAUUCACUGGCUGAUCAGCUACAUCCUUCCAAAGACACUUCUGCCAACAGCCCAGCGUGGGGGAAACCCAACAGAAUUAAGAUCCCAACCCGUUUUUCUGGUCUCACUAAGUACUUCAGGGUGGGGUCGAUUUUUUAAACAAAAUAAGUGGAAUGAAUUGGCCUUUAAAAAAAGUUUUUAACACACUAUUUGAAAUACAAAGCUUUAAAACAAAACAAAACCAUCUGCUCCCAACAUAUUAAUCCUAAACGGAGGCUGUGGUCUUUUUUAUAAACUAUGUUGGUUUGUUACAAUUAAAAUACAAUGGAUUAACUAUUUCCCCCUCCUUCACAUAAGAAAAUCCGAAAAUAUCCUGAGCUAAUAUCAUCAAGGCCAGUUGUCAAUUUCAAGCGUGAGUGUUGUCAAUUUCAGCAAGUUUCUGUGCUGGACAGCUCCCAUCCCCGUCCCACGUCAAUGCAAACAGCUGUGCCCUUCCCACGCUGGGAUGCAUAAAUCCGUGUAUGGGGAGGAUGGGUGAGUGGGUAACUGAAACCCACACCGGUCCUGACCAUCCGAUCAAAGAUACACAAGGUGAUCUAGCGGGUCAUCUGUACCUACACAGUAUUAAUGGAGCCGUGCUGUAGAAUUUGAGAUGUGUGUGUGACUUGGUCCUCUCUUAACUUGUGGGUGCUUCUCAUUUCUUUAGAGGUAGGGAAGGGAGUGUGGAAAUAACACCACCUCUGAUCUUUGUUGUCCCUUUUCCCCAGACCUUCUGGGAGGCAUGUGACUCACUGAGAUUUCCUAGAUGUUUAUUGAGUAGAGUAGCGUGCUUAUAGAGAAAUGUAUGUACCCUUGAUGUGAGUUUGUGAUGUUUAAAGGGGAACGGGAAAUGAUAGGUAACUUUUGUCGUGGAAUUGAGAAAAAUCUGAAAUGUAUAUGCAGCGCACUGUCCCCUGAGCAGGGAGCCGGUGCAUCUGUGAGUUUUUUAUUUUUUGACUCUGUAUUAAAAAAGCACCAAAAAUCAAAAUGAAAUCAGCACAACUGUCCCCAAGGCGGAGAAAGAUUGUUUGUUAAUUGAUUGUUAGAUAGUUUCAAAAGCAACCUUAAAAAGAAACGGAACCAUAACCUUUUCUAAGCGCUUCUGUAUGUGCAGAGUCAAUAAAACAGAUUUAAAAUGGA